CUAGUUUUAGAGGGAAAAUGCAUCGUUUUCGUUCGCAGACUUUUACCGGGAUCGCUUUCAAUUCUUAUCCGAUAACAGCGUUGCUUGAAUUUUUUUAUUUGAAGAGACAUUACAGUAAAAACUGGUCAUUUAUUGGUUGAUUUUGUCUGGAAUUGUACAUUUUUUAUAGGAAGAUGCCGAGGUCCAAGAAGAGAAGUAGUCGAGGGGGUGCCCAUGGAGCUGCCCAACCAUUCAGCGACGAGGAUGCCUCCAUCGAGACCCUCAGCCACUGCAGCAGCCUCAGUGACUCCACCAGCUUGGCAGAUGAAGGAGGGGAGACGACAGAAGACAGGGCAGCACAGGAGGACUUCCAGUACAAGUUAAAGGGCUAUAUCGACAGCACUGUGGACAAAAGUGCUAAGACCAGGCAGGCUGCCCUUGGUGCUCUGAGGACCGCUUUGGCAACUAAGAUCUUGUAUGAGUUUAUUCUCGAGAGACGGAUGACCAUCACUGACAGCAUAGAGCGCUGCUUAAAGAAAGGCAAAGGAGAGGAGCAGAAGGCUGCUGCUUCCCUGGCCUGCCUCUUGUGUAUCCAGCUGGGCUCCGGCCUGGAGAGUGAGGAGAUGUUCAAGACUCUGAAGCCGGUCUUCAAGAGCAUCCUCAGUGAUGGAACCGCCAGCCUUCAAGCCAGACAAGCAUGUGCAACGAGCUUGGGCAUCUGCAGCUUGAUUGCAGAAAAUGAUAUAUUGGAUGUGUAUGCCACCAUGGGGUGUUUUGAGAACCUCUUCACAAAGUCCUACACCAGGCAAGAUGGGAGCCGAGCUGCUGUCAGCCCCCAGACCUCUGUCCUUCACACCCACGUCCUGCUGGCUUGGGCUCUCCUCCUCACCAUCUGUUACGGCACAGAAGUCAAACGUCUUUUCAACAAGCACAUGCCUGAGCUCCCUGGUUUGCUAGAGUGUGAAGAUGUGAACAUGAGGAUCGCUGCUGGUGAGACGAUUGCCCUGCUUUUUGAGCUGGCCAGGGGCCAGGAUGCAGAGUCUGAGCAUGAAGGCUUGGAUCCUCUCUGUGCAAAGCUGAAUGCUCUAGCUACAGACUGCAGCAAGCACCACGCCAAGACUGACAGGAGGAAGCAGAGAUCAGUCUUCAGGGAUGUUCUGAAAGCCGUGGAGGAGGGAGACUUCCCCACUGAGACUAUCCGCUUUGGAACGGAGUGCAUGUACAUUGACAGCUGGGUGAGGAAGCGAAUGUAUGAUGCCUUCCGAGAGUUUGUUGGCUCUGGGAUGAACUACCAUCUGCAGGCAAAUGAGUUCAUCCGUGACGUGUUUGAACUUGGACCACCGGUGAUGGUUGAUUCCGCUACCCUGAAGGCCAUGAAGAUCUCCCGCUUUGAACGGCACCUCUACAAUGCAGCGGUCUUUAAAGCUCGCACCAAGGCCAGGAACAAGUUCCGAGACAAAAGGGUGGAUGUCGGGGAAUUCUAGAGAUGUUUUAGCCUUAGCUUUUCUUAAAUUUACUACUUAAGCCGUUUUCUUUUAACGUAUUUCUGUCAUAGUUUUGAAUAUGUAAACGUUAUUAGCUGUCAAAUCACCCUGAGCCUUUUUGACAGCCUGCUUUUGGUGAGGGAAUGAGUUGGACCUUUCACCUGAUGGAACCUCAAUGUUGCAUGCUUUUGGUUUGAGACCUAAAUAAACCACUUCAUACAUG